AUGAAACAAGGUAGUGCUAGUAUAUGUGAAGAAAUAUCUAUGAAAAAGUCUCCUGAUAGACCGUCGGUAGUUGAGGGUGAAAGCAAGUCUAUAGAAACAGAUAAGAAAGUGCAAAGAGAGAAAGCAGACAUUGUCAAGAAAAAGGAAAUUACCACCAGGGUAUCAGAGAAGAAGGAUAAGUCAGGUAGAAGACAGGAGAUCCCUGUUAGGACAGAUGAUAGUUCUCCAAGGGAAGCUUCUCCCCAGGAACAUGAAGAAUACACUUUGAAACAAGAGGCAUCUAUUAUGGAUGUUUCACAGAAUAGAAAGACAACCACAGACAAUAUUUCCCCCAAACCUACAGCUAAACAUGCUUCUGAAAUUAUAUCUAGUCAAUAAGGUUUUUCUCAACCAGUAGAAUCCAUAGAACCAGUAGAAUCUUCUAUCCGAGUAGAAUAUUAUAUCCGAGUAGAAUCAUUAAGGGAAAACAUAUCAUAUCUUCAAGUUGAUACAGGAAAGGAUAAAAUACCUUUGUCAGAAGGUAUCUCUCCAAAAAAAGUGGCGUUUCUCAAAGAGAAAGGACAGGGAUUUGUUUGUACUGAAGAGAUACAGCGUGAGAGGAAACCACUGAAGAGAUACAUUGUACAGUUGAGGACAUCCAAACUUAGAAAGAGGUAGUUGAGAAAGGCAAACCUGCCAAAGUAACUCCAUCCAAGGAGCAAACGUUAGACAAGAGACUUACUAAGAGAAAGGAAACCACUAAAGAGAUACCUCUUAGAGUUGAGAACUGGGGUGGCAGGUAGCUUAGUGGUUAAGAGCGUUGUGCCAGUAACCGAAAGGUCGCUGGUUCUAAUCCCUGAGCCGACUAGGUGAAAAACCUGUCGAUGUGCCCUUGAGCAAGGCACUUAACCCUAAUUGCUCCUGUAAGUCGCUCUGGAUAAGAGCGUCUGCUAAAUGACCAAUUUAUUUAUUUAUUUAUUUUUAUAACUUCGAAUCAAAGAGACAGGUAGUUGAAAAAGGAAAACCUGCCAAAGUAAUUGAAUCGAAGGAAGGCACUGACAAGAUACAUUCUACGAGAGAGGAACCCCUCAAAGAGAUACGUCUUAUAGUUGAGGACAUCCAAACUAAGAAACGGGUCACUGUCAAAGGAAAACCUGUUAAAGUUAUUCUAUCUGAGGAGGAAACUCACAGAAGGAGGACAAUAUAUCUUCAAAAGCCUCGCCUUCAAGAGGUAUACUAAGUAAAUGUUACAUGUUUCAUCUCAUCAUCAUCUCAAUCAUCUGUCAGCGAAAUCAGCCAGCAAUUCCAUUUCAUGCUUAGUUUGAAAUCAAAGAAAUGUUGCCCAGUAUUGUUCAUCAAGUUUCUUCAUUCCACAUCCUCUUUUGUGGUCAAAAUCCACAACUCUUGCAUCAGUUUUUUGAUUCUUUGUUGUUUCUGUGUAUUUUUUGUGUCUCCUUUGUGUUCUCCAUUUGAUCACAUCUUUCUUUGGUAUUUUAUUGGUGCUCCACUGCUUACCCCAAUCUGUAGUAUCUUGAUCUUGACCAUAGUGUAAUUUUAUUUCAAGAACCAGCAAUGAAGAAGGAAUCACCUCUUACAAAGAAAGUGUCUCAUCUAGAGAAGACUGUUGUUUCUGAAGGGGUGAAAGAAUCUGAGCCAUUUGCAAAGAAAGUGGCUAAACCAGAGUCUAAGCCAGAAAUCAAGCCAGAGUCCAAGCCAGAGAAGAUGGUUAUUUCUGAAAAGCCUGCUGAGACACUUGUAAAGAAAGUGUCUAAGCCAGAGUCUAAGCCGGAGCCUAAGACAUAAUCUAAGCUAGAGCCUAAGCCAGAGGCUAAAACAGAGGUUAAGCUAGAGCCACUUUUUCACCACAGCCCGCUGAGCCACUUUUAAAGAAAGCGUUAAAGCCAGAGCCUAAGCCUAAACUAGAGGCUAAGCCAGUGCCUAAAGCAAAGGUUAAGCCAGAGCCUAAGCCUAAACCAGAGGCUGAAUCAGAGCCUAAGAUAGAGGCUAGGCCAGAUCUUACACCAGAGAGUAAGGCUGUUACUGUAGGGGUGAAAGAAUCACCUCCAAAGCCCGCUGAGACACUUGUAAAGAAAGUGCAACGCCAGAGAAGACGGUCAUUGCUGAUGAGGUGGAAGAAUCACCCCCAGGGCCUGUUGAGCCACUUGCAAAGAAAGUAG